AUGCCAGAAGAAGAUGAAAACGCAGAGAUCAUCACCUUCCUCAAGAAAGAACUCGAAGACUCUCUCGAAAAGAAGGGUUCAUUGGAGAAAGAAAAUCAUGAGCUCAGACAAGAAGUUGCCCGUCUCAAAGCUCAAAUAACUUCCCUCAAAGCACACAACAGUGAGAGAAAAUCUGUUCUCUGGAAGAAGUUUCAGAACUCUGUGGAGAACAACUAUACUGACGCAUCUCAACAGAAACAAUCAGCUUUUGUAGAUAUAUCAGAGCAAAGUCCUGCCAAAGAGAAAAUGUGUCCAAGACCAGACAACACAGAAUCUCAAGCCACAAAGGAAAGGCCAGCAAGAUUACCAACCAACGCACCACCACCACCAAGGCCUCCUCCAAUUUCACCCAAGGAGGUGAAAGAGAAUAAAGGGCUAUCAGCACCAGCACCAGCACCAGCACCACCACCUCCGCCUCCGCCCUCAAAAUCACUCUUCGGAUCCAAAGGAGUCCGCCGUGUGCCAGAAGUAAUUGAGCUGUACCGUUCACUCACAAGGAAAGAUCCACACAUGGAGAACAAAGCCAACCCUGCAGGAGUUCAUGUUUUUGCUCUUACCAAGAACAUGAUCGGAGAAAUCGAAAACCGUUCAUCUUAUCUUUCAGCUAUAAAGUCAGAGGUCGAAACACAAUCAGAAUUCAUCAAUUUCCUGAUCAGUGAGGUCGAGUCUGCAAAAUUUACAAACAUUGCUGAUGUAGAAGCAUUUGUAAACUGGCUGGACCGGCAGCUGUCUUCCUUGGUUGAUGAGAGGGCAGUGCUUAAACAUUUCCCGCAGUGGCCGGAACGAAAAGCGGACACACUGCGGGAAGCUGCUUGCAACUACAGAGACCUCAGAAAUCUGAAAUCUGAAGUCGCAUCAUUUGAAGACAACAUGAAAGAGCCAAUGAUCCUUGCUCUAAGAAGAAUGGAAGCAUUACAAGACAGGUUGGAAAGAAGUGUUAGCAGUGCAGAGAGGACAAGGGAGAGUGCCAGCAAGAAAUACAGAGAUUUCCAGAUCCCAUGGGAAUGGAUGCUAGACUCAGGGCUGAUGGGCCAGAUGAAAUUAAGUUCACUAAGGCUAGCCAAAGAGUACAUGAAAAGGAUUAUCAAGGAAGUUCACUCUAGUGAUUGCUCAAGAGAAGAUAAUCUUUUGCUUCAAGGAGUUCGGUUCGCUUUCCGGGUACACCAGUUUGCAGGUGGUUUCGAUUCAGAGACCGUACUUACAUUUGAGGAACUGAAGAAGAUAGGCACGAAUAGUAGCAGAAAUGGCACGCUUUAG